AUGGUAGAUACACGGCCAACGAGGCUACCGCAACAGCCACGCGUCCUGUUGAAUAAAGCCCGGUCCAAAAAGUCGAAGAAAGUGACGACGGUCACGCAGCACGAGUCGGAAGUGCGUGAUUUUCGCGAAGUGCUUACAGGCUUUAGCAACACGAGCUUCAAUCCAGGCUGCCCUGCUAAGCCUUCGACGGUUGACAAGGAGGCUGUAGCAAGACGGAGAAAGGAGGCCGCCCUGAAGCGUAAGCUUGACAGGGAAGCGGCUGCAGCGCUGCAGGCUCAGCUCCCGAAACGCGCCAAGACAAUCACCGAACUAGCCGUGCGACUGCACGAGGACAGCAGUCCGUCGAUACAUGCAAAGAAUGCACGGAUCGUGGACUACUUCUCCCUCAUCAAGCCUGCCGUGCCUCGGCCUUCUCGAGCCAAGUCCGGCACGUCAAUUUCCGUGCGGGAAAAGAGAAGACGCUCAAGUGAGAUCAUCCAGCCACUUGUAGUCCCCUCACAGCUUCUGUCUCAAUACAAGCUGCAAAAGUUUACUUUCACUGUUCCAUCUGCAUGUGCUUUGGCUGAGCCCCUGUUCAUUAGCCGGUUACAUGGCAUCUGUCGCAAUUUAUGGAAUGUAAGUGGUAAUGGAGAUGCUGUCCUAGGCUUGCUUGCAUCGUCGCAGCCUUUGGCAGACAAUGAAUCAGCAACAGAGCACAAGUCGGCAGUUGAUGAAUUUGCGUCUACGCAAGAAUACCUUUCGUUCCUGGUCGCAGACGAGGACAGCCCGUUCCGUGCAAGUCAAACGCUUAAGGAUUUCCCAGUAGAUCCGCAAAGCGCUGAAGAAUCUGGCAGUCAUGCUGAUAAUCGCGAACAUCAGAGCGAACGAUCGCCCAUCUCGGCUCUUCUUUUGCCUGGCGUGCCGGACACGCCAUCAAAAGACGAUCGCAGAGUUUCAUCUCCGCAUUCGAUCAUUUGCAUCGAUGACAGUUGUUCCAGCAUACCUGUGCCUACAAUUAUCGACAAGGAUCUCUCACUAAUUGUGCUCAGCUCAUCUGAGGACGAAGUGCCGCUGGGCGAGUCUCGUGCUGAGCACUUCAGCUACAACGUUAUGCAGACGAAUCGUCAAUAUGGAUCUCUUGCAUCUUCGACGCCGCCUGCAAAUCAAUCUAUGCUUUUGAUUCCAGAUUCAGAGGAAGAAGAUGCUAUGCCACUUCGUCAGCUGCUUUCUGCUAAGAAGCGAGCCCCUUGCACUCCUACAACGUCAAGUACUGGUACUUAUACAAGGAGACCGAUAGAUUUGUCAGACAGUGCGAUUCGCCCGGAACCCUUGGAAGCGAAUCGGGUCAUCGUGAAUGCCGAUCAGGCAAUCAACGUCGAUGCACAAGCUAGAGACGCUCAUACGAAUUACGACAGAUACAGUGACAAGCAGCUAUCGAAGCAACUCGACCAUUUUGGGUUCAAGACUGUCAAGCAGCGAAGUGGAAUGAUUGCAUUAUUGACGCGCUGUCAUGCUGCUGAGAAUGGCUUUGUCGCUCAAUCUUCUUCCUUUACGACGAGUGCAGCCGCGUCGGCCAAGCGUGCAUCGCCCUCAAAGAAAGCCUUGCCGACUGUUGACUUGACUGUCUCUCAACCGGCCAAGAAAGCGAAAGCACCAGCUAUGAGCAAAGAAGAGCGUGCUGCGAUACGUGCCCAGCAAGCCGCUGACAAGACAGCACUCAAGGCCUCUCAAGCUGCCGAAAAGCUAGCUCAACGUCAUCUCGAUAAGGUCCGACUCGCAGAGGACAAGUUGCAGCGCCAAGUGCAGUUUCAAGCAGAUGUUGCAAAGUUCUUGACUGAGGGUGUCUGUGCAGAGGGUGAUGCAUGGUAUGCUAAAAUUCUGACUUUUGAGCCGAUUGUACUCGAGGACUUUGCUCAAUCAAUGGCUGAAUCUGCUUGGUACCAGCAGCAAAAUCUUUGA